AUGGCCGAAGAAGAUUCCAAUACCUUAGAGACGUCCCUCAACAAAGUCCCCAAUUAUGAAGUAGCUGAUCAUGCAUUUAUUCUUUCAGAGCCCAGACUUAAGGGACAACACGAAGCCAGCUUAAGAUUCGUCCUGGAGAAAGUGCAGGAAGAGGCUAUGGGGCCAUUCUACAAGUAUCUGUACGAGGAAUACCUCCCCAAAGGUGCUUUCCAAUGGGACCAGACGUUGUAUCAAUCGCUGCUAGACCGCAAUCAACAGGAAAUAACAGAACUGAAGGAACGUAUUCAAGAAGUCGAGGACAAAGACGAAGGUGAACUGGAGAAGGCACAAGCUUGGGUUAAACUAGGAGAAUACUAUGCCCAGAUUGGCGAUAAAGCAAAUGCAGAAGAAACAUUGGCUAAAGCAUUGGAAAAAGCGGUUUCCACGGGAUCCAAAAUUGAUAUCAUGCUAACGAUAACGCGGCUAGGGUUUUUCUACAACGAUCAACAAUUCGUGAAAGAAAAGCUGGAACAGACAAACACUAUGAUUGAGAAAGGAGGCGAUUGGGAACGAAGAAACCGGUACAAGACCUACAAAGGUGUGCACUGUCUGGCCAUCCGUAAUUUUAGGGAGGCAGCAGACUUGUUGGUAGACUCUUUGGCUACUUUCACCUCAUUGGAGUUUACCUCCUACGAAAACAUCGCCACUUACGCUUCCGUAGCGGGUCUCUUUGCUCUCGGAAGAACUGAACUCAAGGACAAAAUUGUCGAUUCACCAGAGGUGCUGUCGCUGAUGAGCGACACCAAGGCUCUCCAGUCCAUCUCCUCCCUCACCAUAUCACUCUACACUUCUGAAUACUCCAGCUACUUCCCCUAUCUAUUAGAGACCUACGACAACGUGCUUGUUCCGUCCAAGUAUCUCAACAAACACGCCGACUAUUUCGUCCGCGAGAUGAGACGCAAAGUGUAUGCCCAAUUACUCGAGUCCUAUAAGACUCUUUCCAUAAAAUCCAUGGCAAAGGCAUUCGGUGUCUCAGUUGAUUUCCUAGAUAAGGAUUUAGGCAAGUUCAUUCCCAACAAGCAACUCAACUGUGUUAUUGACAGGGUCAACGGCAUUGUGGAAACCAACAGACCGGAUAACAAAAAUGUACAGUAUCACAUGCUAAUCAAGGAGGGUGAUAGCCUGCUCACGAAGCUGCAGAAGUAUGGAACUGCUGUGAGACUCACCGGUGCCGAUCGUAUGGUGUAA